AUUAUAUUCGCCGCCACAUUAUUUUGGCGGUUUGAAUCAGUUGCACGCGGCCAGUAAUAAAUAGGUGAGGUGGCGCGAGCGUGGGGUUGUUCGUGCGGGAGAAAAACUGCUAAUCAGGAUUGGAAGAAAGGUAGCGAUUAUUACCUUGUGAUCAGUUAAGUUAACGUAAUAAGUGAGUGAUAAUAGUCAAUUGUGAGAACAAAAUUUGUUCUGAUUGUAACUGAUUGAGAGAAAGGGAUGGAGAUGCACACGCCACAGCGGGAAUCUCAUUCAUCAGCAGCCGACGCGAUGCCAAGAAGCCCACCAAUGUGCGACACAAUGCUUUAUCCUUGGAAUUGGGGUGAAGAGGCAAGAAAUGUUAAUUUGAGUCCCGGGAGCUCGUGUUCAUCACCAGAGUACAGGGAUCAUGGCAUGGCGUCCAUCAAAGCCGGCCCGGGAACACGAUCAGCGGGCUCUGAAAGUCAUCGACGAGGUCGACCGCGUGCUGAUGCUUUGACAAAUUUAAUGAUGCAAGGAAGCACAUCACCAAGCAGUAUCAAAUGUACAUUUUGCAACCGAGUAUUUCCAAGAGAGAAAAGUCUUCAAGCUCAUUUACGUACACACACAGGAGAACGACCUUAUCCGUGUGAUUAUCCAGGCUGUACAAAGGCAUUUACACAAUCUGGGCAACUCAAGACUCAUCAACGAUUGCACACUGGAGAAAAACCAUUUUUAUGCACUGGUCCAGGAUGUGAAAUGAGAUUUACUCACGCUAAUAGACAUUGUCCUGAUCAUCCUUACGCAACACUCACUCGUUCUGAUGAUUUUGUACUUAAACCAGUGUCUGGUAAUACGGAACUACCUCACGACGUCACAAGGUGGUUAGAAAGAUAUAAAAUGGCUCGCGAACGAGAAGAUAGAACACCGACUGGUAAAGAUCGAAAGAAAAAACCGUGGAAAAGUAGUUCAGAAAAUCACAAAAGAAUUAAAUCAAGAAAAGGUUUAAUGAUGGAUUCUUCUGGAGAACAAGAAAACUUGGAACGUAACUCUUCUAAUCAACGAGUUUAUUGCAGUGAAAGUCAAGAUAGCCAAGAAGAUAGUCAAGAUGAUGAAGGUACAGAAGCUUGUGCAGUUCUACAACAUUCAGAAGAUGAAGAGAGUACCUCAAAACUUGCCGUUACUCCUGUGCGUCGAAUGUUUGAUAGACUUCAGCCAAAGAAACGAUGGCUUAGAGAGGCAUGUUUGGAGCAACAGUUGGCUAAACCCCUUCGAUGGGAUACUCAAUCUAAUAGUACUUCUGUUAAUUCAACUGACAACAUUGAUUUUCUGAACGAGAAGAGUGUGGAGAAGCAUGAAGAAGGUUUUUACGAUAGUAAACCACUGAACUGGGACAUGGCUUCACCUAAAAGUAGAUCUGAAAGGGUUGGUAUUAAUGUAGCUAAAGAAUUAGUUUUCGAUGAGACCAAUAUAGAAUCUAGAGUACAUUGGGAUUCUCAUCAAAUUAUUGGAACUAAUGCUGAGGGUACACCAGCAUCUGUAGCAAGUGAGAUGAAUUGUCCCCAGCUUAGUAAUACAAAUAUAUCAGAACUGUCUUGGAAUAGAGAGAGUAUUAGAGAUAAUCAAAUAUUUACCGAAGUUCCUAAAGGACUCGAAGAUGAUCAAGGAAGAAUGGCUGUUAAUAGGAACGUGGAGAAUGAAAAAAGGCCCACUGUUCUUAUGUUAGCUGGUAGUUAUAAUUUAAAUUCUUCAAAUCAUGAGUCAAUUCGUAAUGUUCAACAAAAAGUAAGUAAUGACUCUAGUGCUAAAGUUUUGGUUGUAAAGCAAGAAGAAAAUGUCAUUAAUCCACCGCUACCAGAAGAUAAUCAAAAAUGGCUAGGAGCAUUAGCAUUGAUGGAACUUGCUAAAACUCAAGAAGAAGCCGCCGCUGUCAAAGCUUUGAAUCCUGAAAAGGAUAUUGAUCCCCAGGCUGUUCACUCCGACUUUAAUUAUACUCAUCUUUAGACUGUGAUUUCUACUUUUCUAAGAAAACUAUUUAGAUUAAUACAGCAGUGCGAGGUUGAUUUUUCAUUUUUUUCUUUCUCUUGUUGCAAUCUUUAUCGUGUUUACAAAGUGUUAUAAUUGAAAAUCUUCCAAAGAGAGCGAUACAAUGUUUUUCAUUGACAGCUCUCCUGAAGUUAUGUUCUACUGAAAAAAAGUUAACGACAAAGUUUGUAAAUAAAAAGAAGAAAUAAUUGAUAACUUUUUUUAAUGUUGAAUAUUCUUUUUUUUUUUUGCAUUUCAGUGAAAUGAAAAAAUAUUAUUGAUAAAUAUUAAUAUGAUUAAAAACAUUUUGGAGCUUCCAAUAACACAUAUUUAUGGCUGUAACUGAAAGUUAAUUACUUAAUACUUAUGUUGAGUUGUGAUAAAUCUUUUUCUGGAAAAAGUACGAUAAUGUUUUUUUUUUUUUUGAAUUAUUUCAAAACGCUAUGUUCAAUUAAAGAUUUUUUUUUAUUUCAUUACAAAAAAAUAAAUGCAUGCAUAAUUUAUUCAUUCAUUCCAAAGAUGGCAAUUUUUUUAUUUUUGUUUAUUAAAAUUCCAAGAAAUAAAAAUAUUUGGAUUUAGUUCUCUAGUGCCUUAAAAGCAGUAUCGUACGAUCACAUUAAUAAAUAUAAAUUUAUUAGUUUUCACAAAAGCUAAAUAAAAGCCACGAUUCUCGCCCUAUUAUUACCAUUUAGUUAUUUAUUAUGAAGAAUAAUAGCGUUUGAAAUGGAAAACUGUGUGAUAUUUAAAUAGUAAUAA